AGAGGCGGGCGGAAGAGGCCGCGCUCCGCCCCUCCCCUCUGGGCGGGCCGAGUAAAACCGGUCCAGUCGGCGGCGGCUCUCCCCGCCCUUCCCGUGGCCGUGAUGUCGCUGCUCCGCGGUCCGCGGCCCCGCACCGCCGGCAGGAAGGGCCCCAGAAAGGCGGCGGCCAGGCGGGACUGGGAUAGUACCGUCCACGAUUUGACAGUGCACCGUUCAACUCCUGAGGAUAUACUCCAUUGCCAUGAAAUAAACAAAUCAAAAAACAAAGAACUGGCACAUCUGGAACUCCAAGAGAAAGCACUGAACAGAAAAUGGAAGAAGCAAAAGCAACUGGAUGCGAAUUCCUUGGAGAAAAGGAAACUGGCUCUGAUGCAUGAGAUUCUGUCUGGUCAGUACCAUUUGCAAGAUGGUCAGGUUGUGGCUGUGGCAAAAGACUUGCUUGGGGAUGCGCCUCGCACACGAACAGGUUUUCCUAAUGUAACAAUGGCUCCUAACUGUGACCUAGAAUCAUCUCAAGGACCCAUUGUACAAAAAAGUCAUCCUCCCAGUCAACUUUCCAUCCUUACUGAAUCUGUCAUGGAUUCCCAGGCUCUGAAUGAAGAGGAGGAAGCAUUAUUAGAAGAUGGACACCAUGACAUUUUGGGUUUCAAAUACAGCAUCAAUUCUGACAGGCUACUUUGGUUGUUGAGAGAAGAUUCCUUGGUGAAUUCUCAGUUGUGGGUAGAAAAAGAUAUGAGAAAAAACACUUUAUCACAGGAAUCAAAUGUGCUUUGGACUCCAACAACUGUUUCUGCUUCAUUGGAUCAGUCAGCCCUCAAUGCUACCAGUGUAAUCAAGAAAAUACAUUCAAGACUUUGGAAUGAAGAUGGAGAGUCUGUAGACUCCAGUGACGCUGUGAGACAAGUGCUCAACCCAAACUCAAGGAAACAAAAGCAAAUCGCAGCGAAGAUGAAAAGAAAGCAAGGUGCACAGAACUCUGCUAGACAGAAGAGAGGUGAUUCUCCAACCAGUUUAAUCCAGACUGACUUUCAGAGGGACAACAAACCUAGCCUAGAUGUUCUCAACCAUAUGAUCCAGGAAGUAGAGCGUGAACUGGAGCAGUAUGAGCGGUGUACAGGUUGUGAGGUCCUAAAAAAAGAGAGAAGUGAAGGCCUGUCUGGGUUUGCUCUGUCACUGGUGAAUGCUCUCUGUCGUUUGAUGCACUGCCUCAAAGAGUCUGAAAUGCAGCUGCAUGAGAAAGAGAUGAUGAACCAGCAGCAGAAGGAGAUGUUGAAUGAGCACAGAGAACUGAUUGAUGCUCUGACUGCUGAAGUUCUUCAAGUAAGGGAAGAAAACAUUACUAUGCAGGAGAAGCUUCAGCAAUACAUGACAGUAACAGAUCAAAAGCUGAUGUGUCUCACACAAGCCUUUAAGGGUCUCCCUUUGGUAGAACCUCAAAGACAACAAAGUCAACAUUUUGGAAUUGUGAGCAGAGGCCCAGCAAACAGCCAAGAAAAACCUGAUUUGACCUAUUCUGAGCCCAGGACUGAUGCAUGCCAUAGGGAAAAUACACUGAAAUUUCCACAGGAAGAGCUUCCUUUCACAUUUCACCCAUGGCCAGGUGCCUCAGAUGAUAUGAGAUCUGGUAGAAGUUUUCCGGCUCACAUCUUCCAGCCAGCUGUGCUGUUGUCACCACCACAGCAGAAGAGCAGUCAGGAAUUAUCUUCCCUCCAGAAUGUGUUUGCAGCCAUUUCCCAGUCUACUGAAAGAGAGCCAUGCAAGGAAAGGAGCUUGCCUUCCUCCCUAAGGACACAGAGCACAACUGAGGAAAACUGCCCCAUCCCUCGAAGGCAAACAAUUCUUCCGGCAGAUGAAGACUUGGAGAGUUCCCAUGAGAAAAUCUAUCUGUCCUGCCCAGGUGACGCUGUAAAAAACAGCACAGCUGAAGAGUUCCUUCAAAAUGGUGAUCUGCUGGGAGAGGUAGCUGACCUCACACAGCAGAAUGCUCUCAUUAAAGCUCAGCUGAACAAAUUCAGAGGUGUCCCUGGAGACAGAAGUGAUUGUCUACAUCAGCCAGACCUGACACAAAAUGCAGAUCCUAGUCCAGACUCUUCACAAGGACAGAGUCAUCUCAUGGUAUCAAGGAGCUUGGAGGAAAGAAUAGCAGAGCUGAGUCACCAGAGUACAGAAGCAUGGGAUAAACUGUUGCAGCUGAUAGACCAGCAGAAAUCAGCUGCUUCUGAUAUGGUCCCUCCAAUGCUGUCUCCCAUUCCAACCCCAACUUACAUUGAAAAUGCAAGGAGGACAGUUGAAGUCCCUGUUCCCAUGGCAGUGGCUGUGGACAGAUCCAAGGAUGACAGUGUUCCCCAUGCCAGCAUGACCAGUAUAAGAAGGUCUGUAGGAGACUCCAGCAAACCUUGUUCACCUUUAAAUGCCACAUCAGAAAAUGCCAAACUAACUUCUGUCAGCCAAAGACCAAAGGUGGAAAUGCAAAAAGAAGGAUGGUUUGCAUUGUCAGUGCACAUUAUGUAAAGGAGGCUGAGCUCAAUUCCUGUAUUUUUAAAAUAUUUUUAAUGAACUACAAAUAAAUCACAAUUUCUCUCUCUUCA